AUGUCGCAGCAUGAUGAGAUAUCUCCCCUCCUCUCUCACCAUAGAGAAGAUGGAAAUCAGCCCGAAGGGAGAGCAUCCAAUACCAUCUACAGAGAAGUGGUGGAUUUGUUCAAGGCCACCGUACCCAUAUCGGCGUCCUUUGCUCUACAAAACAUUGUACAAGCUGUGAGUGUCAUCAUCGUUGGACGCAUCGGCCCCCGCGAGCUUGGAAUAGCCUCCUAUGGAUAUAUGUUCGCCACAUGCACUGGGAGCAUGGUCGCAAUUGGCGGUGCAACCGCACUCGAUACGUUGUGUGGCCAAGCAAUAUCCUCGCCAACCUUCAAGGUUCAGCCCACAAUUUUAGGCAAGCACUUACAGCAGAGUCUGUUCAUAUUGAGUCUCCUGUUUUUCAUCGUCAUCACUCCGAUUUGGAUAUUCUCUAGCCGCUUGUUCUUGAUAUUGGGUCAAGAAUCGUGGCUAGCGGAGGGAACAGGCCAAUUUCUCCUCUGGAUGCUGCCUGCUGGUUACAGUCAGAUGAUUGCCGAGUGUCUCAAGAAGUACGCCCAAGUCCAAGGUCAAAGCAAUGCUGUCGGUUGGGCCGCCCUCGCUGCUACAGUGAUUGGUUUGGGGGCAAAUUUUGUCCUUGUUCACGCAACUGGUCUUAAAACCCAAGGCGCGCCUGUUGCCUUCUUCAUCUAUCAGUUCGUUACGAUCGGCUUCCUGUCAUUUCUGUUGCUGAAACAAGAACGCUCUGUGAAGACGAUUCGAUUGGUGAGGCAAUGGGGCCAGUUCUCAAACGGCUUGUUAACUAACGCCUCGUUGGCAAUCACUGGACUUCUCACCAUUGCUACGGAGUGGUGGAGUUUUGAGAUUCUAGCGAUCAUGGCAGCCAAUUUGUCGACAAAUGAGAUCAGUGCACAAAGUGUGUUGCAGUCAGUCAUCGAGUAG